UCCGCACAGGUGUGACGAACUUGAAGGCAUCAUCCACCUGCCGUGAAGCUACCUGACAACUCCUCCACGUGACGUUGUUGUCCAUCCACGCAGAUUUCAGGAAACCGGCGAGUUGGUCUCGCGCUCCUCGAAACAACCAACAAUCUCCAAUCCAUCUUCAGUUAUGGACAAAUUAAAAUCCGUUUUGAGUGGUGAAGAGGCUCGGAGAGAUGACCGAACCAUUUUAGAGACUGUGAAUGAAGCCUCGACCCUGGGCUGGGGGACACGUGUCAAGGGAUUCGUCGCCUGUUUCGUGGUCGGAGCCGGGUUCACAGUUUUGGGGGUCGGGAUGCUCUGGCUCCCCCGGAUCGGAAUCACCAUCUUCAUCGUGUUUUACACUUUAGGAAACAUAUGUGCACUGGGGAGCACCAUGUUUCUGAUGGGGCCGAUGAAGCAGUUGAAAAGGAUGUGUGACAAAACAAGAGCGCUGGCCACCGCAAUCAUGAUUACUUGCCUUGUGUUGACCCUCUGUGCAGCCUUCUGGUGGAAGAACUUUGGCCUGGCUUUGUUGUUUUGCAUCUUGCAAGUCUUGGCUUUUGCGUGGUACAGUCUGUCCUACAUCCCGUUUAUGAGGGAGGCGUUAUUGAAGCUGUUGGCGGUGUGCAUAAAGUAAACCUAGUCUCAGUUUGGGGGGUUCGGGCUGGAUGAAGUGGUUUUGAGACAGGGACAGGUCUCUAACUGAACUUACUGAAUCGCCUCCACGUGGUCCUGCUUCAGGGAGUCUGGGACUCGACCUGUUUUAUCUCCAAAGGGGUUUCUUUGUAUUGUUUGUGCUUUGUUCAUUGAGCUGAUUGAUAUUUGUGAUAUCAUGUAUUGAUAACGUCUACCAAUUUUAAUGUGGGCUUGGUUUUUAAUAUGUGUAAAUAUCUCUAAUAAAUUAAUGCAGUAUUGGUUUUGUAAAU